CCGCCCGCUCGGCGCCCUCCGCUGCCGCCCGCCGCGACCAUGAUGUCCGCCCGAGGCGCGGGCGCCAUGCCGCCGCCCCCCAACGCCACCGCCUUCUACCCCCCGCCGCGCGUCACCCUCCCCUCCGGCGUGGAGAUCCUGCGCACCUACUCGGGGGCCUUCAUCUGCCUGGAGAUCCUGCUUGGAGCACUAGUCUGGAUUUUAGUAGCUGCCACCAAAAUCCCUUUGCCACUGCUACAAGGUUGGGUGAUGUUUGUUUCUGUGACUGCCUGUUUCGCCUCCAUCAUCUUCCUCUGCGUGUUUCUCUUCAGUUAUAGAGAGAGAAUUGCCAUUGACUGGAAUCGUUUGGAUUUUCUUUACCAUGCAGCUAUCUUCGUCUUCUACUUUGGAACCUUUCUACUGCAAGCAGCCACAACCUCUUUGCACAGCCAUCCAUUCAGGAUGAAAGUCAGUCCCCUGAACAACUGCACCAUUGUGGAACCACUUCUAAGUAAUCAUGAAUAUAAUUUGAGCAUAGCAGCUUCUAUUUUUGCAUUUGCAACAACCGUGUGUUAUGGAUGCAGCACAACUCUUGCUUUAAGAAGGUGGAAACUAUAGCACCGGAGAAAGACAGCUCCAAAGUUUCCCGUGGGCUUUAUGUACCUGUUCCAUUGAUCAAAUGGUGUACAAUGUGUCCAUCAAAUAAGAACAGUUUCAAAGAUUAUUUAGAAUACAUUUAUAUUUUUCUAAAAUAUUGAUACACGCACAAAAAGUUCAUUUUUUAAAAAGCUAGGGUUGCAGUGGAAGGGAAUUUUAAAGCUGUAUCAAAAAUGCCAUCCCACUUUCAUGGCCCUGUUUGCAGGCCACAGAGCACAGGGAACAUUUCUGGCCAAGUUCUUGGGGGCAGGAUAAAUACUUAGAUUUUGGAGGGGCUUCCUUUCACACAUGGCGGCAACAGGAGCAGAGGCUUUUGCAUGCCCUUUCUUUUUUUAAGAAAUAGCUCACAGCUAUUUGCAGCUGUCUUAUUUUUCUCCCACAAUGCCCCUGAAAUGAUGCCGUAUCAUGCUGUAGCAUCCUUCCAGAUGCAUUAUGGGAGAGUAUGGCAGCCCACAGAGACACCAGUUCUCAACCCAACGCAAAUGGCUUCCAUUAUUGUACCACAUGUCAACAUUUCUUCUGCCCCUUACACCUCUCCAUUUUGAUUUUUCUUUCAUUCUUGUUUAUAUUAUUCUUUCAUGAUAGAAAAAAAUGCUGCGCUGAAAAUUUUAGCCUAGUAUUAAGUUUAUUUAUUUCUCCAGUUUUCAGCUGCUUACAAUGAUUGAUCCACUAGGAGCAUUAUCCUCUGUUACAAAUAGUAUUAUAAAGUUGCAUGAUGAAUAGAGCUUUUCUUCACAGACAGUUGAAUUUUUGGUGCUAAACAAUGGCUGGCAGAAGAAAUAAAACUCUCGGCAGAUGUUUUGUCUGUCUCAUAUAUGCAGGUGCAGGAAGGCAGCUGUAAAACUACAGUGCUUCUGGCUGAAUGUGAACGGUUUGCAACCCAUCCAACACAGCUCCUGAGUACUCUAUUAAAUUUGGUGGGGAUUGUAUGGAAGUAGGGUUGCUAAGACCCAGGAUCUUGCCCUGACUCAGGUUUGAGGAUUCAAAUUCUAGACGAAAGGGUGGCAAGUUUAAGUCUCAGGGCCAUCAGCUGGUCUCAGAUAACUGCCUUUGGAAUUUUAGGAACAUGGCAAGCUGCCUUCCACUGGAUCAGACCUUGGUCCAUCUAGCUCAGUACUGUUUACAUGGCUGGCAGCACAGCUCAGCCUUUCAUGCAGGAUUUUCUUUUGUGGGGGACAGCCCUACCCAAAGAAGCUGGAGAUUAACUUUCUGCAUGCAAGAAAAGAAUAUUCUCCAUCCCUGAGCUACAGUUCCUCCCUUCUUGGGUCUAGGAUUUUGCAUUAGAGUUUCUUUUAAAUGCUAGAAACAAUUCACUCAUCACAAAGAAAAUUUUGCACAAGUUCUUCUAUUCCCAGAUCCCUUCUUCCCAGGGGAUUUCUUGAGUUUUUCAAUUGGAAAAAUUGGGGGAUUCCCUCCUCCCCAUUAAGCGUUCUUCUUGAGUUUUUUCAAUUUCCCUGACCUUCAUAACUCUGUUUCUACCUUUCUAAUGCUCAGUCACAUCUCUUAGCCUGCCAUAUCAUAUUUUGUCCUUUCUGAACCAACAGCCCAAGAGGCUCCCACAUGCUCCUAUUGACAUGACUAGAAAAAGCAUAUUAAUGGUGAUUUGGGUGGCUUUCUCCUCCUCCUCCUAAAGCUCUUGAGCUAAUGUCUAUGGAGGGAAGGCUACAAGUUCAUAUAACAGAAAUCUAAAUGUAAUUAUUUGGGAAGGUUAGCUUUCCAUUUUGAAAGAAGUAAUUUAUGGAAGAGGGGAAAGUGUUUAAUAUUUAUCAGUACAUAUAAAUAUCUAGUUAGUAAGCUGUGUACUUUCCAUCCAUAUACAUCAGAACACUUUUAUGGAAGAGGUAAUUAUUACUGCCUGCAGGGGAAAGAGAUAAGAGAAAUAUAUCCAUUAGCAGAGAACAGUGUGCCUUCCUCACAGUUUCAAAAUAAAAAGCUGGAACUGUGAAUGCUGGAGAAAUAGAAGGAAAGGCUUCUUCACACAACACAUAGUUCAUCUGUCAAGUUCAUCUUCACAAGAUGGAGUGAUGGUUACCAGUUUGAAUGGCUGUAAAAUGAUUGGACAAAUUCCUGGAGGAAGAAGUUAUCCACAACUGCUAUUCCUGGUGGCUGCACACUACCUCCAGUACCAGAGGCAAGGAUGCUGAGGUACACCUGUUGCUGGGGAACAUGAGCCGAAGGGUGACGUGCGACUCGCAUCCUGCAGAUGGGCUUCCCAUGGGUAGCUGGUUGGCCCAUGUGAGAACAGCAUGCUGGGCUGGAUGGGCUUUGGUGAGAUCCAACAAGGCUCUUCUUAGGGUCUAUAACCGUUAGAGCUGAAAUAGUUUGGUUAUAGAGCUAGCUAAUCACACAACUGCAGGUUUUAUCAAUCUUUAAUCGGAGCAGUAUGCUGGAAGCAUUUGCCCAGGGUUAUAAGCCAGGAGUGUCAGAACUCUUCCAGCCCUAGACCUGAAUUCAGUAUCAGGGAAGUGCUGAAGGGACACAUUCCAGUGGUAGCUAGAGCUAGAGAAAAAUGAGUAGAGCCACUGGGGAGCCCUGGAGGAUUCAACUGAAGCUCUAGGUUGACAGGCUACAGGUCCAGAUUGCCCCAAGGGACUCUUUUAAUCCUCCGUUAUACCUCUGGAUGCCAACAUUUUAUGCCCCCUUUGAAAUCUGUUGUCUGUGAUAUAUUCAAGAUAAAAUCAUAUGUUGAAUAUUAUAUCGGUCAUUGAUCAGUUAACAAAAUGAAUGGACUGCCCAGCAAUUGUACAUCAUAUUUCUAGCAGUAUGAAUCUUAUUGCAACGUUCCAUGUUUUGCAAGCAAGAUUUGCAUGUGCACGCAUCCGCACGUGUGUGUGUGUGUGUACGCAAUGUAUACCUGUGCCAAUGUCUAUUAACUUGGACUCAUUUUCCAAUUUAUCUUGUAUUUCCUGCACUUAUCAAAGCUAGUUUUGCUAUUUGAAGCUGACAAUGUCAUAGGUGAUCAGUUUUGUUUUAGUGAAUAUAUUUAUAUUACAGAACUUCUCUAAUACAUUUGUGUUCUGAGUGUGACAGUGUCGGUUUGUGGUGAAUGUUGUGCAGAUGAGCUGCCUCUAAACAUACAUAUUUGCA